AUAUCACAUGAGCAUUAGUGCUGCAAUUGAUUUUGUAAUUGAAAAAUCUCAUAUCAAAUCAUUGAGAAUGCAAGAAAUCCUUUUUAACAAGAAGAGAUUAACUAUCAAAACUCCAAAAGCCAAAAUAGUAAGCCAGUUCAUAGAAAAUAAACCGUGAAAAGAAAAAGAGGAAGUGGAUAACAUGGAGGAAAACGAUAAAGCGAAGGGUAAUUGGAAAAUAUAUGGCUCGGGAAUUUGCGGAUAAACCCCAUAAUCAGCUCAUACAAACCAAAACCCUACUUCCUCUCUCAGUCUCUACUGGGUUUCUUCAAACAGGAUCAGGUUUCAGGUAACGUCUUCUUCAUCUCCAGUUCAUUCGUCCCUUCCCGUUCAAAGUUCUCCCAGUGAUAUGCACUGAAGCUUUGAUUCUUCACUUCAUGGAUAUGAAUCUGUUGCUGUCGUCUUCUUCGAGUGCCUCCUUUUCUACAUGUUCUCUGCCUUUGUUCCCUUCAUGUAAAUUCCAUUUCGCUCGAGACCUAAAACCCAAUUUCCGCAUCAAAUCUCAUCUCUCCCCUCCAACGUACGGUAUAGAAAAGUCUCUAUUUUGGGGCAACAGUUUGCUUGAAGAUGGAAUUUGUUCGAAUGGUUCUGCGAGGAGAAGUCGUGUUCAGAUUGAACCGGUGAGAGCUGCAGUGAAGAGGCGAAAGGAGCGUCCUUUCGAUGAAGUGGUGCAAAGGGAUAAAAAGCUGAAAUUGGUGCUCAAGAUAAGGAAGAUUCUAGUGAGCCAGCCCGAUAGAAUUAUGGCGCUGAGGGAAAUGGGUAGGUUCAGGAAGGAGCUGGGUUUGAAUAAGAAGCGUAGGUUCAUUGCCCUGUUGAAGAAAUUCCCUGCCGUGUUUGAGAUUGUGGAGGAAGGCGCUUAUUUGUUGCAGUUCAGAUUGACUGCUGAGGCAGAGAGGCUGUAUUUUGAGGAGCUGAAGGUUAGGAACGAAAUGGAGGAUCUGCUGGUUGUGAAGUUGAGGAAAUUGUUGAUGAUGUCUAUGGAAAAGAGAAUCUUGCUGGAGAAAAUUGCGCAUCUGAAGACUGAUUUAGGACUUCCACUGGAAUUUCGUGAUACGAUUUGUCGUAGGUACCCACAGUACUUCAUAGUUGUUCCAACCGAGCGGGGGCCUGCAUUGGAACUAACUCACUGGGAUCCGGAGCUUGCUGUAUCGGCUUGGGAGUUAUCUGCUGAGGAGAAGCGGGCUAAAGAGCUCGAAGAGAAGGAUUUGAUCAUCGAUAGACCGCUCAAGUUCAAUCGACCUAAGUUGCCCAGGGGCUUGCAGCUUUCAAGAGGCGAGUUGAAAAAGAUAAACAGGUUCAAUGAGAUCCCUUACAUCUCGCCUUAUGCCGAUUUCUCCCACUUGAGGUCGGGCACAACCGAGAAGGAGAAACAUGCUUGUGGGGUCGUUCAUGAGCUCUUGAGCCUGACUGUGGAGAAGAAGACUUUGGUGGAUCACCUCACCCAUUUUAGGGAGGAGUUCAGAUUCUCCCAGCAGGUACGCGGGAUGAUAAUAAGGCACCCUGAUCUUUUCUAUGUGUCUUUGAAAGGUGACAGAGACUCGGUGUUUCUAAGGGAAGCGUACAAUAACUCUCACUUGAUAGACAAGGACAGAAUGUUGCUAAUCAAGGAGAAGCUUAGGUCUCUUGUGAAUGUUCCUAGAUUUGCUAGGCGGGGUGAGACUAGAGAAGACGGUGGUGGUGGUGAAGAGAAAACUGAUGAUGAUAUGCAAGGAGGUGUAAGUGGCGAGGAAGGUGAAGAUUGGUCCGACAUCGAUAGUUUCCUGGACGAUGGUGACGACGACUCUGAAGAUGAUUGGAGUGAUGAAGAGGACGAGACAAUACCACCGGAUUUCGAUGAAGAUGGUGAUGAGGCCAUGAUGUUGAAGAUCAAUGUAGGUAAGACACUCAGCAGGCCAGCACGUAGCAGCUCAGGCAGAGAUGAGGAUAAGCCAUUGUCCCCCAUGCUCCCUGAUGGCCGGCCAAGGGAACGUUGGUAAUUCAAAUAGAAGUCUUCUUUGGGGUGGAUGUGCUUCGUCAUUGGAGAAACAAUGGACUUCCCAGGUGUCUCCCAGAUCACAAACCAGAAUUUUGAAUGCUUGGAGUCAAAGAAACAGCAGAGCAUCUCCUUGCUCGGUAGCAAUGAACAGAUAUGAAACAAAGAAACACGUUCUCUUUCUGGAUCUUUACAAAGGGCUUGUUCCUUAAUAUUAUUAUGAAGUUGCGAUAAGUAAAUUCAUAUAUGGUGAGAUCUUCUUGACCUUUUCUACUCUGUAGCUGCUGGCCAUGUGUUAAUUGAGUGAAUACAUGGAAUCUAUGAAAGUGACAAAACUAAUUGGUUGAACCGGUCCAGAAAUUUGUACAUCAGCUGCUGUCUCCUGGUGGUGUCUGAACUUGCUUCUUCGCUUUCUGUUUGUGUGAUGAAACUCAGCAAGCAAUAAUCAAUAGAACAAAGCACA